UUUCGAAGCAUGUGCCUGCUGUUCGUGUACAUAAAUUCGGACCCGAAGGAAGGGGAUUAUAAGUUGAUUUUGGUCAACAAUCGCGAUGAAAACUACAACAGGCCGACUAAACCAGCUCGCUUCUGGGACUCGGGUAUCUUGGGGGGGGCUGACAUGUUCGCAGGCCGGGAAGGAGGCACGUGGUUGGGCAUGGAUUCGGAACGGCAACAUUGCCUGUUUGCUCAAUAUAUUGCAACCGGUUGAUGAGUUUAUGAAAGAUCAAGCAGCUCGAGGCUUUCUCGUCGUAGAUUUCUUAUUGGGACACGCCAAUGGCUUUGAAUACAUGAGGAGCAUUGCAGAUUCAGGGGUAAAGUAUAAUGAUUUUAACUUGGUGAUUUUGGAACCAGCAGGUAAUAGCUAUAAAAUAGGGUAUUUUAAUAGUUUGGAAAACGUCCCUCAAGUUAUAGAGCCCGGAGUCCUCGGCUUUGGGAACAGCGUGGUUGAGAAGCCCUUCAAAAAAGUUCAAAGAGGCAAGAAGAAAAUGGAGGAAGUCGUCAGCUGUUUCGGGAAGAGGAGCUACCAGAAACAGCUGAUCCACGAGCUUUUCGAAAUAACGAAAGACCGCGAGACGAAUUUUCCAGACGAUCAGCUGACUUACCAAGGUCGCCAAUUCUCGAAGGACUUUUUAGACGAGUUGUGCAGAAUACGGGUCUCCUGUACAUCAGAAAACAUUGGGACAAGAACAACAACAGUCAUACUGGUAGGUCACAAAGGCGCCGUUACACACAAAGAGAAGACAAUGGAGGAACCAAUUGAUAUAAAUAAUGUCAAGUGGAUUGUCAAUAGUUACGAUUUUAAGCUACAGAUAUAG